AUGAAAUGGAAAAGCGACUUAAGUGUUGCCAGCGACCUUACGUUUCGUUGCAAGACCAAGAAUGCCGAGUUUAAUCAGUGCGGAGAUUGUCAGUCUUGUCUCCUCUCAACCAAACUGUACGAUUCGACGCUGUGGCUAAAGAGAGCAGAUAAUGCAUCGAAGCGGAGGUUCCUAAUUGGUCUACUCCUCCGAUGCAACAACCUACAAAUUCUCAAGAGUAUGCAAAAUGUUCUGCAGUUUACUCUUAGGAAGGAUUUCAUCUACGCACGGUGUCGUUCAAAACCAAACAUACGUGAAGACAACAUCUGUUCGAGCAGAGCACGCAAUAAUACUGACAAAGCAUUCGAUAAUAACACGCAACAUGGAAUGGAAAUAUCGGAGACCUGGGAUUGGUUUGGUGGAGGCCCUGACUGGACCAAGUCGUACUACCUUAGGGGAGUCCUGUCCAUCUGUAACACUGAAAUUCUGCACAUGCUCGGGAAUCUAGUUCGUGUUCUAAUAGAGAGAGAGAAACGAAAAUUUCUUCAUCUUCACUGUGUUUCAGAGGGCAAUGAAGAUGAUGUCUUCUCUAUCCCAGAAUCCAAGUGCUCCUUUCACACUGAUGAACACCCAGAGCUGGAUCUGCUCAUCCAGGCCAGCUCCAUUUACGAGCCUGUCAGCCUGCCUUCAGAAGCCCAGCAUGGCAGUCAAACAGUAGGUCCAGGCGAAGAGCACCCUUCCAACUCUCAACUAUACAGCUGUCAAUCCCAGCAUGCAUCUCGGGCUGGUUCUGUGAUGAGGGAGGAGGAGAGCAAAGGCAGGGAUACUUAUUCAGACUCCUCCGAGGAUCCAACCCUCAUCGUGGUGCCCAGGUCUUCAUGGUCUCUGUCAGGAGUCAGCUGCCACCGAGACUUCAUUCGUAUGCUCCCUGUUCACCUGGCCAAAAAGAUUUUAGGCCUUCUGGACAGGGCUAGUUUGCACAGCUGCCAGCAUGUGUCUCAACACUGGUGUUAUCUGACCGCAGAGAUCUUGAGAGAGACUGAGGUGAAAAAGAUGGUUGAAAAUCAAACAAUGGCACUGCAGGGUAACCCACACUGCAGGGUCAGCCCUGUGUAUGCCAAAAUCCGUGAGGUCCUAGUGCCCAUCAGAGAAGAGGAGAGACACAUUCACCUCCCUGAAAAUUAUUUCUCCAAACACAGGAAGGAGAGAGGCUUUGAGUCUGUCUACAUGGGAGUCAAAACCAGACCUGUGCAAAUGGAGGAGAGGAAUGUUUACUGUGGAGUGUACAAUGUCUUGGUGCUACAGGAAAGGGAGGAUCCAACAAGGGUCACCCAUUACGGAGGAGGGCAGAUUGUGGCACUUGGCUCUAAAGACCGUACAGUGCGGCUCCUGGACAUUGUGACGCUGAAGGAAGUACCCCUGAUCAUCCAGGGACAUGCUGGCAGUAUCCGCGCUGUGCUGAUCUGUGAGGAGCGGGGCCUCGUUAUCAGUGCCAGUUAUGACCUCAGCAUCAGGUGUUGGAACCUGAGGACAGGGACCUGUACUAUGCUGUUCCGCGGACACCAGGGAACCAUCAACUGCCUGGAUCUCCAUGGUGACCAACUGGUUUCUGGGGCAAAAGACUGCAAAGUCAAAGUUUGGAACCUGCUCACAGGACAGUGUCACGAGCAUCUGCGGUUUAAGCACCAUAAUCCUGUCACGUGUGUGAAGAUUGACAAGGCCCUGGUGUUGAGCAGCUGCGAGGGAGGAAUGAUUAAGAUGUGGGGUAUGGAGACAGCUUCUCUCCUUAAGAUGAUAACUGGGCACCAGGGCUCUGUGCGCUGUCUGUUUUUUGACCAGUGGCACAUUCUGUCCGGCGGCUCUGACGGACAGGUCAUGGCUUGGAGCACCAACUGUGACUUUAGGAAGUCUCUGAUGACAUACCGCCACCCAAAGGAGGUGCACACACUGUCCUUCAUCUUCCUGCGAGUUAUCACAGGCUGCCUGGAUGGAAAAAUACGGAUCUUUAACUUCCUCACAGGAGACUGUCUGAGAAUAAUUAAGGCCAGUACCCAUCAAAGCCCUGUGCUGUCCAUACACACACAUCACAACAACAUUGUUGUAAACACUCGGGGCAGCGUGCUGAUCUUCCAGUUUGCUAAAGUGCGCUGGGACUAUUCUGCCUCUGCGGAACGGGAAUUCUUUGAUUUUCGUGAUCUGGAUUCACCCAAAUGCAUGGCCUGGAAGCUUCCGCAUGCCGUUGCCCAGACAGAGCUGGUCCGGCAGGCACCUGUGAGGCCAGCCACAUUUGAGGGUCACUGCAGUGCCAGAAAGUACAUGGACCUUCAGCGCAAGGUGUUUGCUAAACUACCUUCCUCCUCCUCUCCUGCAAGACCAGCAGAUGGCCUGGGUCAUACCCCAACCAGCUCAGGGCGAGAGCAGUUGGUGAUGACCCGCAGUGAGAGGGCGGUGCGGGACAAGGUGAGGAAGAGGGGUCCUCACCAUUCUCUCACCCCUGACCACGUCUUCCUGAAGGUCAGCAGCUCUCAGCACGUUUGGUGCUCGAACCAGGCCGGAGCCAACAUGGAGCUUAAUGCUCGUGUACGUGAUGCCUGGGGUCCCCUGGGCAACAAGCCCAGCACAGACCUCCAGCUCAGGGCAUCUCCUGCCCCGCCCAAGGCCCAGAGACGACCACAGACGCAGACACACGUGCUAUUCACAUACUCCCCUUACAAAGGCACAGCUGAAAUGUACUCGCCUUUGAGUUCCUUUGCUACAGACCAGAACACUCAGACUUGGUCGAAAAGGUCCUCCCCGGAUUUGGGUCGGCCCCAGACAGUUCUGGGAUUUGCUGAGCAUCGAUCUAGGCCGCAGUCCGACAGGAAACGACCAAAGAGCUCCAGCAGUGUGAGGCCGGGCAUGCGUAAGGUGGGGUUCUUCACAACCACUGCUGCAGAGAACAUCCGGUCCCCACAACCCCUGGACCCUUUUCGCGAGCACAGUGCUUUCCAGCUGCGAACAGACACACAGCUGGAGGAGUACAUAAGGGAUCUGACCAAGUGCCACCAACAGAUGUCAGAGUGCGGUGACAACCAGGAGAAACGAUGGGAGACAAUGUGGAAGAUGAGGCUCAGAGGUGUACCCAUCACCGAAUUCACCAGAAAAGACCAGGUCUAUGCCCCUGAACUGGGACUGGACACCUACAUCUAA